CGAGGAGAGGCGCGGCUCGGCCGAAGGAGCUGCGCCGGCGGGUGCUCCCGCAGCGGAAGCGCAGGGGUCGCCGUCCGCGCGCGGCCGCGGCGGCGGCGAAGCCGCCGCGGCGGGGCAGGUGAGUCCUCCUGCCGAGACGCAGUCGUACGACUCAGGGCUCGUCGACACAGAGGUCCAGGCUGACCUUUGCUGUGCUGGCAGGGGGGCAGCGUCGCCACGAGCGCAUGGUGUGGUCGAGACGCGGGCGCACCACAUGGAUCUUGGUGUGGAGGCCCAGGCCAGCAGCGGUGUCGCUGACGGGGAGGUUGCAUCUGCUCUGCCUGGCACUCCUGAAACGGCACAGAGCUGCAAGAUGGGACCCAGCUUGCAGGCCGAGGUGAGCCAUGGCGGUGCUCAACGAGCAGCAGCUCUGGCCCCUGCAGGUGCUCCUGCAGAGACGCGGGAACACGGGCUCGGAGAGGGGGCCCAGGCCAGCCGUGCUCCUGACGGUCCCACAGCUGCACUGGCACUGCUGGGCGCUCCUGGAGGGGCACGGGUGUACGGGUUCGACGAGGAGGCGCAGGCCAGGCGUGGUCUCGAUGGCGCCCCGGCUGCAUCGGCACCGCUGGGCGCUCCCGCAGAGGCACGGGCGUGCCACCUCGGCACCGACGCAGAGGCCCUGACUGGCUCUGACCUUGCCGAUGGAGCAGCAGCAGCGGCCACGGCGGACGCCUCUGCGCAGCAGCAGGCGCGCGACGCGAACCUCCGCGCAGAGGCCAGGGCCUGCCGCGGCCGCGCUGGUGCUGCUGCCGCACCGGCACCGGCCGCCGCCCCCCUGCCGGCGGAGGCCUGCGAGGCCGGGCUCGGCGCGGAGGCCCAGAGGCGCAGUGGCUGCGCUGCUCCAGCUGGUUCGUCUGCAGAGGCGCUGCCAGCCGCGCUGAUGCUGGCGGCUGCUCCCGCAGAGACGCAGGCGUAUGGCAGCAGCGAGGAGGCCCCGGCAGGCCACGGUUACGACGAUGAGGCAGACCUGUCUGCUCGGACCGGCGUUCCCGCCGAGACGCAGGCGUAUGGGCUAGAGUUCGGUCUGGCGGCUCAGGCUGACGGACAAGCUGCAUCGGGCCCAGCGGGCGUCUCUGCACAGAUGCAGGCGUGCGAGGUCGGGCCUGGGUUGGAGGCUGAGGCAAGCCAAGACAUCACUCGCACAGCAGCUGCUUCGGACCUCCAGGUCGCCCCUGCAGAGACGCAAGCGUAUGAACUGGCGCUGGAUGCAGAGGCCCAGUUUAGCCCUCGCCUCGUCGAUGGAGCAGCCGCGGCGGCCACGGCAGACGCCUCUGCGCAGCAGCAGGCGCGCGACGCGGAGCUCGCUGCGGAGGCCCAGAGGCGCAGUGGCUGCGCUGACGAGGCAGCUGCACCGCCUCCAGCUGGUUCGUCUGCAGAGGCGCUGCCAGCCGCGCUGAUGCUGGCGGCUGCUCCCGCAGAGACGCAGGCGUAUGGCAGCAGCGAGGAGGCCCAGGCAGGCCACGGUUACGACGAUGAGGUAGACCUGUCUGCUCGGACCGGCGUUCCCGCCGAGACGCAGGCGUAUGGGCUAGAGUUCGGUCUGGCGGCUGAGGAUGAUGGACAAGCUGCAUCGGGCCCAGCGGGCGUCUCUGCACAGAUGCAGGCGUGCGAGGUCGGGCCUGGGUUGGAGGCUGAGGCAAGCCAAGACAUCACUCGCACAGCAGCUGCUUCGGACCUCCAGGUCGCCCCUGCAGAGACGCAAGCGUACGAACUGGCGCUGGAUGCAGAGGCCCAGGUUAGCCUUCGCCUCGUCGCUGGAGCAGCCGCGGCGGCCACGGCAGACGCCUCUGCGCAGCAGCAGGCGCGCGACGCGGAGCUCGCUGCGGAGGCCCAGAGGCGCAGUGGCUGUGCUGACGAGGCAGCUGCACCGCCUCCAGCUGGUUCGUCUGCAGAGGCGCUGCCAGCCGCGCUGAUGCUGGCGGCUGCUCCCGCAGAGACGCAGGCGUAUGGCAGCAGCGAGGAGGCCCAGGCAGGCCACGGUUACGACGAUGAGGCAGACCUGUCUGCUCGGACCGGCGUUCCCGCCGAGACGCAGGCCGGGCGUCUCUGCACAGAUGCAGGCGUGCGAGGUCGGGCCUGGGUUGGAGGCUGAGGCAAGCCAAGACAUCACUCGCACAGCAGCUGCUGCGGACCUCCAGGUCGCCCCUGCAGAGACGCAAGCGUAUGAACUGGCGCUGGAUGCAGAGGCCCAGGUUAGCCCUCGCCUCGUCGACGGAGCAGCCGCGGCGGCCACGGCAGACGCCUCUGCGCAGCAGCAGGCGCGCGACGCGGAGCUCGCUGCGGAGGCCCAGAGGCGCAGUGGCUGUGCUGACGAGGCAGCUGCACCGCCUCCAGCUGGUUCGUCUGCAGAGGCGCUGCCAGCCGCGCUGAUGCUGGCGGCUGCUCCCGCAGAGACGCAGGCGUAUGGCAGCAGCGAGGAGGCCCAGGCAGGCCACGGCCACGACGAUGAGGCAGACCUGUCUGCUCGGACUGGCGUUCCCGCCGAGACGCAGGCGUAUGGGCUAGAGUUCGGUCUGGCGGCUCAGGCUGACGGACAAGCUGCAUCGGGCCCAGCGGGCGUCUCUGCACAGAUGCAGGCGUGCGAGGUGAGGCCUGGGUUGGAGGCUGAGGCAAGCUAUGGUAUCACUCGCACAGCAGCUGCUUCGGACCUUCAGGUCGCCCCUGCAGAGACGCAAGCGUACGAACUGGCGCUGGAUGCAGAGGCCCAGUUUAGCCCUUGCCUCGUCGAUGGAGCAGCCGCGGCGGCCACGGCAGACGCCUCUGCGCAGCAGCAGGCGCGCGACGCGGAGCUCGCUGCGGAGGCCCAGAGGCGCAGUGGCUGUGCUGACGAGGCAGCUGCACCGCCUCCAGCUGGUUCGUCUGCAGAGGCGCUGCCAGCCGCGCUGAUGCUGGCGGCUCCUCCCGCAGAGACGCAGGCGUAUGGCAGCAGCGAGGAGGCCCAGGCAGGCCACGGUUACGACGAUGAGGCAGACCUGUCUGCUCGGACCGGCGUUCCCGCCGAGACGCAGGGGGGCGCAGCGCGGGCAGCGGGCGCGCCUCGCCUGGAGGAGCGGAGGCGGGCCGAGGCGGCCGCGAGGGCGUCCAUCGCCACGCAGGCCUACGGCUCCGAGAGCGAGUCCGAGGCCGAGGGGGGCGCAGCGCGCGCAGCGGGCGCGCUCCGCCGGCAGGAGUGGGGGCGGGCCCGCGGCGGCGGCGGUGGCCAUGGGGCGGCUGACUCGCCGCCCGCGGGCGCGGCCACGGAGGAGUGGCUGCACGACGAGGCAGAAUUCGAUGGGGAGACUCCUGGCCGCUCGGCCGAGCUGGCCGCCUUGCUGGAGGCGCACGCGUGCCCGGGAGCGCCCCCGGAGCGCGAUACGGCUGGCGCGAGCGCCGCCCCCGCGGGCGAGGCUGGCGCCGCGGCCGCGCGCGCGGCCGCCGCGCGCGGGGCGCGCGGCCGCGGCCGGAGCGGUUCGUCGGGCCGCGCGCCAGGCGAGCCCGCCCGCGACGCUGCCUCCGUGGCGGGCGGCGGCCUCGGUGGCGGCGCGGCUGCCCGCUCCCGCUCGGGGAGCUCCGCGGCGACCCUGGACUACGACCGCGAGGGGAGCGUGGCCUGGGGGGAGGGCGCAGGCCCGCUCGCGGGGCCGCGCUGGGCGCUGCCUCCCCCUGCCGCGCUGGCAGCCGGAGGGGACGACGGCGGCCCAGGCAGCCCAGCGGACACGGAGGCCUACAGCUGCGGCGGGAGCGCGGCGGGGAGCCCGUCCGACGCAGCCGUGCCAGAGUGGGUCUGCUGCUGCGCUGGACCAAGAGUGCCGCACAGCCGUCGGCGCUCGCGGGGUGGCCGCCGCAGCUCCGACAGCGCUGCCACCUGCCACAUCCAGUUUGAGACGCUCGAGCAAGCCCAUGGCUGGUGGCGGGCGGCCGCCGCCGCUGCCGGCCCUCCCGCCCAGCGCGCUGGGAGCCCUGCCGGGCUGGGCGUUCCGCGCCCGGGCGAGGCGCCAGGUGGCGCGCUGCAGGAGGACCCGGCGGGCACCAGCGGGCAGGCGGACUGCCAGGGCGCCGCCUCCACGACCGCAGCUGCUGCCGCGGCGACUCCGCCCGCGGCCAACCUGGAGGGCCCUGCCUCCCCAGAGGCCGCGGCGCCACCGACGGCAGGCCAGGUCCGCCGCGGCGCGCGCGCGGCGGGGGCCGCCGUCGCGGCCGCGCCCUCGGGCGGCAGGGCCGGCCUGGGCGCGGGGGCCGCCUCGGAGGCUGCGAGUGCGGCCGACGGCGACAGCCAGCGCAGUGCCGCCUCCACCGCCGCAGGGGCCAGUGGCAGGGCUCGCCGGCGCCAGCUGCGCGCGCCCGCCAGGGAGCCUGCCCCGCUGCCGCCCGCGCCGAAGACGGGGACCGUGUACUGCCUCGGGAACGUGCCGCGUGGCGCGGUGGCGCGGCGGGCCUCGCUGGCCACGCCGAAGGCCCCACGCCUCAGCGGGCUGCUCCGACGGCGCCGCCUCUCGCAGGCCGCGCCCCCGGGCGCGUCGGACUUCGACGACGCCUGCCAGGCCCUCUUCCGCGCCGGGCGCGCCGGCGCCCUCGGCGCCGUGGCCCGCGGCGCCGCGGCGGGAGCUGCGGGCGGAGGGCGCGCUGGGGCGCCGCGGCGCGGCGAUCGCGGCGCGCCUGGCGCACGGCAGUGA